UCAAUUAUUUCACUAGAUGUUAAAUGAAGAACUAUUCUACCAAUGUGUGAACCCUAAAAAUUCUUUAGUUGUUAUGCCAACCACACAGGUUGAAAAAGCCACAACCCCACAAAAGAUCAAAGAGGAGCCUAGUUCAUCCUGGUCUACAGUGAAACCCCAACCCAAACAAUCCCGGUACCUGCUAGAGAUUGAAGAAUGGACUGUUGAGCCCGAGUCUACAGCAGAGGUCCGGUUCAGUGCUGAAUCUGUCUCUAUUACUCAAUCUGAACACAUUAUGCCUACCCAUUCACCUAGAUUUGUUCAAAGGAAGGAUGUCAUCAAUCGAAUUCGAAUUCUGAAGCUGCUAGCACUAUUGGGUGGGAUAACUGUAGGUUAUGCCUUCAAUGUUUCAGGAGGUAUGUUCAGCAUACCAAUUUUCUUGAAAAAAUUUCCAAAAGUCAGAAGAAAGAUAAACAUGGCAAAGAGAACAAAUUUCUGCACUUAUGCAGAUUUUAAAUCUCUAAUGAUUUCAUCAAUCAUCCCCCUUGGUGCUUCGAUAUCAGUGCUGCCAGCACAUGUAUUAUCCAAUCGAUGGGGGCGGAAGCCAGUGCUCAGGAUAGGACUCAUACUGCUUUCAGUGGGAUCAGGUCUCUUUGCUUGGCUUCCACUUGCAUUUUUGGGGAUUGUGGGUUCGAUUAUGAGUGGUCUUGGUAGCGGCAUUACAAAUCAGGUCAUUCCCAUUAUAUGCUCUGAGUUAGCCCCAGAAGAGAACCUAAGUGUCUUAUAUGGAUACCAAAGUUUGGGUGGUUUUGUUGUCUUGGGGAUCUAUCUCAUUGCAUCCUACUCACCUAAAUGGGUCUGGAGAGUUCCAUUUGGCAUCCUCUGUUUCCUCGCUGUGGUCUUGCUAGUUAUCUCAUUUUUUAUUGAUGAAAGUCCACGAUGCCUAAUUCAGCAAGACAAAGUGCAAGCUGCUCGACAUGUUUUCACAAAGUAUAGGGAUCCGAGGAAGACCAUUGUUGAUGAGGAAUUUGCUGAGCUUGAAAAAGCCAUAGAGGAUGAGAAAAAGAUAAGUGCGGUCAAAGAUUUGCUAAGUCCUCAAAACAGAGCUACUUUGAUCAUCAAGGCAGUAGCAGAACUGGUGCCUCAAUUGUUAGGAGCAUCUUCUCUAAUGUUCUUCGGGCCAUUGGCUUCAACAUCAGUCUCUUCUAACUCACAUAUCCUAUUCAUCACAUCAGCCGGGGCUGGAUUGUGGGGUUUCCUCAUGACACUGUUUGUUUCUUUCUUUCUACUCAAGAGAUGUGGACGAAGAAGGGUGGCCAUUGGUUCUUCUUUCCUUACAUUAUUAUCACAGAUCUCCUUGUGGGUAGUCUUACACUUCUUUGCAAAUUCACACAGCGAUUUCACAAAGCCUGUUGCCUAUACUAUGAUAGGAGCAAUAGCUCUGAACUAUGCUGGCUUCAAUAUGCUAACCAACCCAUAUGGCUGGAUCAAGAGCUCAAUAGAGGGACCAGGUGGAGCACUAGCAGACGCUUGGUUGAAGAGUCUUGGCCCUUUCAUGAUGGUUAUCAUGAAUGUGGCAUUAAUCCAUAUGUUUUGUACAAUCGAGGCCUUUGUUUAUGUGUUCACAGGCUUCUUUGCAGCUUUCACUACUUCCUUUGUAUACAUUUUAGUGCCGGAGGCCUCUCAAAUUGGAACUUAUAACAUGACAAGGCUCAUCUGGAUGCUGCAGUGGUUUUGGAAAAAGUUUAUAAAGGAAGAAGACUUAAAAUUCGUAAAGGAAGAAGACUCAUGCUCAAAGCAGAGAGUAUAGUGUUGAUAGUUGUUAUUAAGGCAUGACAUUGAUUGUUGUAAUUAAUAAUAACUUGAAUCUUUGUUGGACCAAAGCUAUAUGUAGCUCCAACACAGCACUUUUAGAGGGUAAAUACAAGUUAACAAUCGGUAAAUAUUCUAGGAGGUUCUUUGCUCUGAAGUAAAAAGUCUUACUCUUUGGAUGUCUUCUACUGGAUUUGAUUAAAAAGGACAUUUUGCCUCCAGCUCUCAGCUCAACUUCUGAUAAAAAUUAAA